CAAAUUGCAAUGACAACUAAAAGCCUCACCAAAGCUGAGGAGAUGAGAAACCAAACCAAACUUGUGAUGCAGCCUUAUGCCAACUGGGAGGAAUACCUGACUCCUGCACCGCUCUCCAUAGCCAUCCUGGGAGAGCUGGUCUUCAUCUCCUCCAAAACAGAUUUCUCUAUUAACAAAAACCCUCCUAAAGACGACUACAAGUACAUCAAAUACCCAGAUUCAUUUCGUGCCUGUCUCAUGCAAGUGUGUAACUCUGGCUGGUGGGCUUUCAAUGAGGCCCACAAGAACAUGGAUCAGAUUCGGCUGCACACCAUUGCUGUUCCAGACUACAUGAAGACUGCAGUGAAGAUUCUUUUCCAAGGUAAUGAUGAAGUUGUUAAAGCACAUCUUCCUGGCCAACUGGAGAACAUUCGUGUCAUUGCAGAUGACUGUCUAAACCUGGCCAGAUCGACAGAAGAGAGAUUCAUAAAGGUCAUUAAUAUCAUACAAGAGUUGCUGGAAGCAUGUAUAAAUGCUGAGCACUUUCAUGGAGAAGAGAAGGAAGCAAUGAAAAAGAAAUUGGAGGAGAACAAAAUGAGGAAACAGUCAACAGAAGAAGCUGUUAAACAUUCUGAAAAGGUAGUUAAAAUCAUGGAAGAGGAACUGAAAGAAGCAUGUGAUGCCUAUAAGAAAGCAAUGGAUUCCCUUCCCAGUGGAUGGAGCAUAGUGGGAAUGGAUUGUGUUGCAGCUUUGACUGAGAGUGUCACAGUUCUAGUCACUGGAGUGACAGCUGCUGUGACUCAGCCAGUGGUUCAAAUAUGUAAAGCUUCAAAAACAAUUGCAGACACUGUGAAAGAUAUAAAAGGCUCUUCUGCAGAUACAGUUGAUAAAAUAAAUAUCUACAGCAAAUCAGCAGAAAUCUUGAUGUGCACAGAGUUUAUCCAAAAAUAUGUGCAGAAUAAUGACAUUGACUGGAAGAAUCUGUAUGAUCAGAAGAACAAAUCUACAGAAACCGACUUUGCAAAAAAGCAGUUUCAAAGAAUCAAUAGCAGUUUAGAAAAAAUCCCAGAAUGCAAUGCCAAUAAACAAGCCCAAACAUUAUGUGAAGAGGGAAUUAACAUCUGUGAAGAACUGGCAAAAUAUGCAUCAGAUGGGAAAUGUGAAGAAGAAAAAACAAAGGACUUGAUCGGGAAAAUCAGAACACUGACAGAUUCAGCCCGCAGUUUUGACUGCAAAAGCAAAAAUGUCACAAAAACUCCUUCCCUGAUUCCAAAACCACCUAUGCUGUUUAAAGAAGAAAGUAAAUCAGAGAGGAAAGGUGCUUCAGAAAAGGCAUCAGAGAAUGCCAGGUUCCGCAUAGAGCAGAGCCGAGCUCAACUGAACAAUACCAGAGAGAUCUAUGAGAAGAGUGUGGAGAACAUGGAGAGAAACCAAAAGGAACUGACUGAAAUCCUGAUCACCAUGAGGAACUGUGAAGUCAAAGAGAUAGACUUUAACACCACCAUACAAAUGCUGGUCAAAGGGAUGGAUGCCAUGGGGAGAGUGAAGGAGCAGUGGGAGAAGAUGGUGCGUUUCUUUCAGAUGGUGUCCAACAUUGUGAAAGUCAGCCUGACCACAACUCUCAAAGAUUUUGUCUCCACAUCUGAGAAGACUGAGUCACUUUCCUACAACUCAAAGCUCUUCUCCAAAGACCUGCUGUACAAUCAAGCUUUUCAAGCAACUAACAUCGCCAGCCUCGUCCACAUGAUCUCAGAAACCUACACUGAAGUGUCUGACAAGUAUCUCAUGGAUCGUGUCAGCUCACUGGGGAAGCUUAUGGCCAUGGACAAGGAAAAACCAGAGUUUGAAAAGGAGCGUCUGCAGUUACAGAACGGCUGUGAUGAAGCUCAGAAAGGCAUUUUCCAGCUUGUUCGCAUGAAUAAAGAUGAAUUUGAAAAGAAUAUUGAUUCAAGACUAGAGAAGAUUGAUAAAGAGUUGCUGGCCAUUCUUCCCUCUGCUCCUCCAGAAGAGAUGAAGAGCAUUCAAGCAGCUGUUGAAAGUGGAUUGACAGAAGACGAUGAAGAACAAUAUAUUUGA